AUGGCAGGUCGCCCUAUGGCCGACCGUAUUCCUACUCAGGGAUUGACCCCGUCACCUACUCCUUUUCACGGUGUUUUCAGCAAAGAGCUUACAAUGGCGGCUGAACGCAGCACCGGUACCGUCCUGAAUCCAACACUACCGUCAAAGGAACCGGCGGAGGUAUGUGUAGAAGACUAUGCGGCUCUGCAGCACCGACGUUCACAACUAGAGCUGGUGGCUGAUCAAGUUGCGGAAAACCUGAAAAACGCUCAAAGUCGAGAGCAGCGAGACUAUGCUAAACGACACGGUAACCCUAUGUUGCGGCCCGUCAAUAAGGAGGAGGCAGACCCACUGGUCACACUGAUUGCUCAAACGGAUCGCGCAACUGGUGGGCCAGUUUCGUUGGAACCCCAGCCAGCGGCCGCACAGAAACGUAAAAGUCCUAUCAAGGUGGAUAAUGCAAGUUCGCUGGAGCACGCACCUGACCUGGCGGAAAACACCAAGGUGUACCGAUGGACUCGGCAUUCACACAAGCUCGGGACCGACAGGGAGGGCCCAUUUUUCUUCAAGUACUGGAAUGCCCUCAGUACUCUGGCGCUGGUUGAGACUGCUGAUGGCCAGCCAUUCACAGUCCCUGUAAAACAACUGUUCGUCCCUUCGGAGAUUCGGAGCAUUAAGGAAAUAAAGCAGCCCUGA